AUGGCUCAGCCAAUGACCCGGCUGACUCGGAAGGACACUCAGUUCGUGUGGUCCGCGGACUGCGAGAAGAGUUUUGCUAAGCUUAAGGAAAUGCUUACAACUACUCCGGUUUUGGCCUUGCCAACACCUGAUGAGCCGUACGGGGUGUAUACGGAUGCAUCGAAAACUGGACUGGGAUGCGUAUUGAUGCAACACGGGACUGUGAUUGCUUACGGCUCGAGGCAACUGCGGAAGCAUGAGUUCAACUAUCCGACUCAUGAUUUAGAGAUGGGCGGGUGGUGUUUGCAUUAA